UUCCCAAUAAAUGAAAAUCUUAAAGAUCUCAUCACAGAGGAAUGGGCUGACGGCGAAAGGAACCUCUUUAUUCCCAGGGAUUUUAAAAAUCGUCUACGGUUUGACCCAAAGGACACUAACCUCUGGGACGAGGUUCCCAAAGUUGAUAUCCAGGUGGCCAAGGUCGUGAAAAAAACCUCAAUACCCUUUGAGGAUUCGUCACAGCUAAGGGACCCCAUGGAUAGGAAGCUAGACGGCCUGUUGAAAAAAUCCUGGGAGUCAGGGGCAACCGCAAUUAAUACCAACAUUGCAGCUACUUCGGUUUCCAGAGCCUUAAUCUUGUGGAUUAAUCAACUGGAGAGUCACCUUAGGGCAAGAACAUCCAGGGAAGAAAUCCUAGAGUCUCUUCCGCUUCUAAAGAUGGCCUCUAGUUUCCUGGCGGACGCCUCAGCGGAGACCAUUAGAUUCGCAGCCAAGUCCCAGUCUCAGACUAACGCUGCUAGACGGGCCCUCUGGCUCAAGUCCUGGUCUGGAGACGUAGCGUCAAAGAACAGACUCUGCUCCAUUCCGUUCUCUGGCUCGUUUAUGUUCGGCCCAGUUCUGGACUCUAUUCUCCAGAAUGCGGCAGAUAACAAGAAGGGGUUCCCUGAGGAGAAGCCAAAAAAAAACCAGCCCUUUCGGAGGCCCUCAGGCCAAAAUCAGGCCAGGACCUAUAGAGGGAAAGGAAAAUCGGGCCGCUGGAGCUACCCCAAGGGUAGAGGCAGGGGUUUCCUCUUCAACCCCAACACCAAUACAGGGAAACCAUGACGCCAGACCAGUGGGAGGGAGACUUCGUCACUUUUGGGAAAGAUGGAAGAGAGUUACCUGCAAUCAAUGGAUCCUGGACUCCAUCAGGGACGGCUUCAGGAUAGAUUUCAGAACUCCUCCUCCCCAAGUGUUCCAGGUGACCUAUUUCGAAUCUCCUCUCCUCCAACAGCAACUAAGGUCACAUAUUCAAGACCUCCUGGCUCUGGGAGCUAUCACCCAGGUUCCUCCUCCCCAGCAGUUCACAGGCCAUUACUCAAGACUUUUCUUUGUAAAGAAGCCAGACGGGUCGAUGAGGACAAUCAUCAACUUAAAGUUUCUGAACAGGUGGGUGACGUACUACAGGUUCAAGAUGGAGUCAAUAAAAUCCUCCACUCCUCUGAUCCCUCCAGGUGCUCACCUUUGCACAUUGGACCUCAAGGAUGCGUAUUACCACAUCCCCAUACAUCCCCAACACCAUCAGUACUUAAGGUUUGCGGUCAGGUACGGAAAGGAGACCUCUCACUACCAGUUCCAGUGCCUGCCGUUCGGUAUCUCAUCUGCCCCCCGCCUAUUCACAAAGGUAGUAUCCGAAAUGAUGGCCUUCCUUCGCCAGAAUACAAUUACAAUCGUGCCCUACCUGGACGACUUCUUGCUGAUAGCAGACUCGGUUCAAAAAUUGAUGGGGGACAUCCACCAAACCUUAGCCCUAUUCAAGGACUUGGGGUGGAUCGUGAACUACCCGAAAUCCGACUUGAUACCGGACACAAGAAAGGAAUUCCUAGGCACUCUCCUGGAUACAAGAAUACAACACUCAUUUCUUCCAGAGAGAAAACAGACCAAUCUGAAACAAAAGAUAGAGUUGUUCAAAAAGAGGAAAACCCACUCGAUCAGGGAAGCCAUGCAGAUCCUGGGUCUGAUGACCUCCUGCAUCUCAAUAGUACCCUGGGCCCAAUUCCACUCCAGGACCCUCCAGAAUGCAGUUUUGACAGCUUGGAACAGAGACCACCGUUCUCUAAACUCCAGGAUGAAAAUAUCGGGAAAAGUGAUAAAAUCCCUGUCCUGGUGGACAGAACCAGGGAAUCUGGAGAAAGGAGUCCCGUGGAAUUUGACUCCAGCCAUAACCGUCACCACGGACGCGAGUCUGAAUUGUUGGUUGGGGGGCACGUGGACCAGCAUCUCUUCCAGGGUUCCUGGGUCCUUCAAGACAGGAUAAGAUCCUCAAACUACCGGGAACUGAAGGCAGUGCUGAAGACUCUGACAGCAGCCAAACAUCUCCUCAAGGAUCAACAUGUCAGGAUCCUAUCCGACAACAUUACUACGGUAUGUUAUCUAAAAAGACAGGGCGGUACCAGAUGCCCGCUCCUUCAGGAUCUAGCAGAUCAAAUCUUCAUAUGGGCAGAAAGGGAGGUUCGGUCCAUUUCAGCAACCCAUCUAAAGGGGUCUCAGAACUCGAGAGCCGACUUCCUAAGCCGUCACAGGAUAGACGCGGGAGAAUGGAAUCUGAACAAACAGGUCUUCAGACAGGUCUGCCAGCUAUGGGGUUAUCCAGAAAUAGACCUCUUCGCAUCCAGGGGGAAUUCUCAACUGGACUGUUUUUACUCACUAAACCCCAGCGAAAACCCAGUGGCAGUAGACGCCUUAGCCCAGAAUUGGGACAUGAAACUGGCCUACGCUUUUCCUCCUUUUCCCCUAAUCCCGGCAGUCCUAAAGAAGAUGAGGACCAGUACCACCACUCUGAUCCUGGUCGCACCAGACUGGUCCAAGAGAGCUUGGUAUCCCAUCUUGAGGGAAAUGUCGAUCAAAGACCCGUACCCCCUUCCAGACAGGAAAGAUCUGUUAACGCAGGGACCUCUGGAGCAUCCCAAUCUCAACAAGCUGAGACUGACUGCUUGGAUCCUGAGAGGCAAACCCUGAGGAAGAAGGGUCUCUCCAAUCAGGAGGAGCGGUUCCACUGUCUUGAUGUAAGAAGAACGGUCCUCGCCUACAUCAAGCGGACAAAAUCCUGGAGAAAGUCAGCGAACCUCCUCAUCCAAUUCGGUGGUAGGAACAAGGGGAGCAAAGCCUCUAAGACCUCUUUAGCCCGCUGGAUCAAGGAGACCAUCAGGGAAUGUUAUAGACUGCAGAGUUCAUCCUGCCCCAUAACGUUGAGGGCUCAUUCCACCAGAGCCAUGUCCGCAACCUGGGCGGAGAAGGCUGGAGCUUCCAUCGACCAGAUCUGCAGAGCGGCAACCUGGUCCUCCUCCACUACCUUCGUCAGACACUACAGACUGGACUCUAUGGCCAAUCAGGACUUGGCUUUUGGCCGUAAGGUCCUACAAGCAGUGGUCCCCCCCUAAAUGGCGUUCUAAGUUGUUAGUUCUCCAUGGGUGCUGUCAUGGAGGACGUCCUGGAAACAUAUGUUUAGUUUACCGGUAAACUGCUUUCCAGGAGUCCGGAAUGACAGCACCCAAUACUACCCCCCCAUUUUCUGUUCCCUCCGGGACACUUUUUUGGUUUGUAUAUUUGUACUGCUACUGUAUACAGUGUGAAGUAACACUUGUUCUUGAAAUAAAGAUGUGGCAGCCUAUCCGGUGUAGUAAGUUAUAAACACUGGAGCAAGGGGGUGGGGAGGGGUCCUUUAAACUGUCUCUCUUCCUGUCCCAACAGAAACCAGUAAGGACAUCCUCCAUGGGUGCUGUCAUUCCGGACUCCUGGAAAGCAGUUUACCGGUAAACUAAACAUGUUUCCGCAGUUUCAGGCAAACGCAAGCCAUGUGACUGAUCCCACUGCGCAGACGCUCACGGGCUUAGGGCGAGUUCACAUCUGCGUUCAGCCUCCGUUAUAGGAGCAGGAGAUGGAUUCGCACAUAACGGAGCCCACGGGCCCCAUAGACUAUAACGGGGUCCGUUAGGUUUCCGCUCAGAAGAUGAUUUUGGAGAGACAAAAGUUGUGCCCACAGUGAAAACCCAGCCAUUGGCAGCGCUGCCCUCUCCCUCCCAGCCAAUGGCAGCGCUGCCCUCUCCCUCCCAGCCAAUGGCAGCGCUGCCCUCUCCCUCCCAGCCAAUGGCAGCGAAGGUGGGCGGGAGAAGAUUCACUUGGCUGCCGAGGGGCCUGUGGUGAAGCGGAUGGGCAGUACUUUCAGUUUGGCAAAACUGACAGAUCGCCGCUGUACUGGCGGCAGCCUGCGUUUUAAAGGGGAAUCAGUGGGGGGGGGGCAGGGGGGGAAGCAAUUUAUAUGGUGUCGGGUGUGGGACCCCCACCGACCUGAUAUUGGUGACCGAUCCCGAGGACAGGUCAUCAGUAGUAAAAGCCCGGAGAUCCCCUUUAUACAUUAAUGAUAGAGGGACCCCGCCGACCAGUGACCUGAGGGAAAUAGAGAGUAGGACACGCCGCUCCUGGACAAACAGCUAAGCGUCGGGGGUCCCGGGUGUCAGACCCCGCUGAUGCUGAGGGGGGCAUGUCCUCCGUGUGAGCGCUGCAGAGGGGGGCAUGUCCUCCAUGUCACAGGAAGUCAAUGCUCAGCAGUUGGGCUGAACACCUCUGAGGCCUGUGAUUAGUGUCUGUCAAGAGGCGCUCUCCUUCCUCUAUGGGGGUUCAGCCCUGAUAUCAGGGGGCGCUCUCGUCCCUCUAUGGGGUUUCAGCCCUGAUAUCGGGGGGCGCUCUCCUUCCUCUAUGGGGGGUUCAGCCCUGAUAUCGAGGGGCGCUCUCCUUCCUCUAUGGGGGGUUCAGUCCUGAUAUCGGGGGGCACUCUCGUCCCUCUAUGGGGGUUCACUCCUGAUAUCUGGGGGCGCUCUCGUCCCUCUAUGGGGGUUCAGUCCUGAUAUCUGGGGGGCGCUCUCGUCCCUCUAUGGGGGUCACACUUUCUGGAGAUUUUUCGGUCUUUUCCAUUAGAAGCAGAAAACUGAGGGGUCAGAAUUUCUCCUGGAAACUAGAAAAUGUCUGUUGAAUCUGCGGCUCAUAAACUGCUGCCGGCUUCCCAUAGACUUCCAGGCAGCUGACUGCCACACUCCAAUCAUCCAGACUCUGAGGGCAGCGGGGUGAACUCCACCCUAAUCCACCCACAGGUUUCUGUUCUCCUCUGCCGCAUUUCAGGAUCCACAAGAGGAUUUACAAAGAUGGUGGCAGAAAUGGCGGCUGACAGCAGAGUUCCUCCUCCUGUUUGUGGCGCUCAGUAUUGUAUUCAGUUUGUGUG